GCCACUACACGCGCGCACCGCUCGACGUGCAGGAGCGCGUCAACCAACUGCCUCGUUCUGCAUAUCUAAAAGCAGAAGAUCCGAUCUCCUCCUCCUCCAACGCCAGCUGGAUUCGAGGGUUUCUGUCGAAGUCGAGCGGAUCGUUCGAGCCCCACCAUGGCUGCUUUGUCCGGCGGAGAGACGUGCGUCAAAUACUUGAUGUUCGCCUUCAAUCUGGUCUUCUGGCUUGCAGGCACAACUGUUUUAGCCAUUGGCCUGUGGCUGAGGUUAGACCCUCAGAACAAAGUCCUUCUGGAGGAAGAAAAUUCUCCAUAUGCUUUCUACGCAGGGGUCUACGUCCUGAUCGGUGCUGGAGCUCUCGUGAUGGUGGUCGGCUUUCUCGGUUGUUGUGGAGCAAUAAGGGAGUCUCCCUGCAUGCUAGGAGUGUUCUUCUUCUUCCUGCUCAUUCUCUUUGCCAUCGAAGUAGCUGCUGGAAUUUGGGGAUUUUCAAACCAAACCAAGGUAGUGGAAGACAUUUCAAGUUUCUACAUGCAAACCUACAAAGACUACACAACCACAGGAGAUGACCGACUCAAAGAAACACUGCGACUCAUUCAAGCACAGCUAAAAUGUUGCGGCCCAGGAAAAAAUAUGGACGAAUCUUUCAAAGAAACGUGCCCCCGCGGAGAGCCGCUUGAAGAAAUGCUUAUCAAGAGCUGUCCUGACGCUAUCGAUGAGGUGUUUGACUCCAAACUGCACAUCAUCGCAGGAGUAGGCAUCGCCAUGGGGGUUGUUAUGGUGUUUGGGAUGAUUUUCAGCAUGCUCCUGUGCUGUGCCAUCAGAAAGUCUCAGGAGGUGGUGUGACACCCACCUAAAGUCCCCCGUUGUUGCAUGAUGUCAUUCCCAAAGACACGCGACUCUCCACUGCCAAAAAGAAUCACUGCUCGUUUGAAGGGGGUAACCCUAUUUAUAUAACGCAUCGGUUGUAACUGUGCUGCUGACAUAAAUUGUGAUGUGUUUCCUGCGCUCAGCUACAGCGAGGGGGUGUCGUCUGAGCUUGUAUGGCCGAGGAGAAGGCAAAUAUGUAAUUUUGUGAUCAUCUGAGUGAAUCUAAUAUUCAAACUCAAGAAAGUAUAGGCUUGCAGUUGGUGUCCAGUCACACAACCCUGCCAGAACUAAACGGGACAAACCACAACUUCUACACAACACAGCAUUUACCAAUGAAACCGUGUGUAGCUGGCUCUCGGACAAAACCCUCUCAAUGAUCUCGGUGUUAGAGUAGCAUUUUGAUUACAACAACUGAUCUCAUUUUAAUGGCCUUUAUUUGUCUUUCCCCAUAUUUUUUAAACGUUCUUGUCGUUUUUGUACUAUGUUUGGCAUUUGUAUAGGUACUCGUAGUUUUGUGUUUUUGUAUUGGUCCUCUUUAUUUGACGGUGAGUUGAUUUAUAAAAUGUGCACAAUGUUUCACAAAAUUCAACCAAAUAAACUAUGAAUUAAAAAGUCGA